AUGGUCACCUACAUCCUGUACGGCUUCCGCUGGAACCGCAUCGCUAGCCCAUCAGCAUACGGUAUCCGCGCAUACAUCGCAAUCGCUAACAUCGUCGACGCAGCCGCUGAGUACCUUCAGCAUCCAAUUACAAAUGCUGUCAUCCUCGACUCAUUCAAGCACAUCGACCCCAACAUACUUACCCAUCUACCCGACCUCCAACUCAUUGAGCAGUACGACCCCGAUGACCUUAGUGCUGAUGCCGUGAGCCAGCCAUAUGCAUAUGUUUCAGCGAAAACUCUGACCAUGGGGGCGAAAGCACUGUCCCGUACAGGGCUGGGAUUGAGUCUGCAAGAAAUUGUACAGCUGGAUCCGGGCCUGUCAACGGCGGGGACCGAGGUAUUUAAAAAGCUUAAGGAUGAGCUAGCCCCUGCUUCGGAGAUUGGCUGGUUUGUAGUUUACAAUGGAGAGCCGGAACGGGCGUAUGAAAGCUCGGAUGAGAGUUCUUCUGUGGCGGAGGAUGAGGAUGUUGUCACGGAUAGGAAGCUCACUGACGCUGAAAGGGGCAAAACUCGUCUGGCCAAGUGGUAUGCGCCAUAUAAUGAUGAUGAGAAAGUGAAGCUAAAGGGCGAGGUCCACCGACUUAUCGCCCCUCGUGAUCAAAAGUAUCAGUCCAACUUUGUCGAGUUCCGUCUCAGCACAAAGAUCGUUUACAGACGUUAUGCAGGUCUAUUUUUCUGCGUCGGCGUCGAUGCAAAUGACAAUGAAUUGGCGUAUUUGGAAGCCAUACAUUUCUUUGUGGAGGUCCUCGAUCAGUUUUUCGGCAAUGUCUGCGAGCUUGAUUUGGUUUUCAAUUUUUACAAGGUUUAUGCCAUUCUCGACGAAGUGUUUCUCGCCGGCGAGAUUGAAGAAACGAGCAAACAGGUUGUGCUAACGAGAUUGGAGCACUUGGAUAAACUUGAAUGA